CCUUGUUAUUUGCCACACUUGCUUCCUUCACUCAUCCACACAAAAAGUGUAGUAAACAUGGCAGCUGCAACUGCAACUGCAACAGCAUGGCAUUGUGUGACAAAAACCAACAAUGCAUCAGUAGCUACUGCACUGUUAUCUCCCAAUAGCAGAAGAUCAGAUGUUAAAGGAGUUAAUGAAUUAAGAGUUGGCAAGACACAAAUGGUCUUUCAUGAAGGACUUAGAGUUGUGUAUAAUAAUAAUAGUAAUAAAUGGAAGGUGGUUGGUCCAAAUAAAAAGGCUCAAAAUGGAAAUUCAAGAAAGUUGAUCAUAUGUGGAUCAUGUGGCAUGAACUUGGUAUUUGUUGGAGCUGAAGUUGGUCCGUGGAGCAAAACCGGUGGACUUGGUGAUGUCCUUGGUGGUCUUCCUCCUGCCAUGGCUGCAAAUGGGCAUCGUGUAAUGACGGUAUCACCACGUUAUGAUCAGUACAAAGAUGCCUGGGAUACAGAAGUAGAGCUUGAGCUCAAGGCUGGAGACAGAACUGAAAAGGUGCGAUUUUUCCACUGUUAUAAGAGAGGUGUUGACCGCGUGUUUGUAGAUCACCCAAUGUUCCUUGAGAAGGUUUGGGGAAAAACGGCUUCAAAAGUUUAUGGACCUGUUGCUGGAAUAGACUAUCAGGACAAUCAACUUAGGUUCAGCUUGUUAUGCCAGGCAGCUUUGGAAGCCCCUAGGGUAUUAAACCUCAAUAGUAGCGAAUACUUCUCAGGGCCAUACGGGGAAGAUGUUGUGUUCAUUGCCAACGACUGGCAUACCGCCCUCAUUCCAUGCUACUUGAAAAGCAUGUAUCAAUCAAGAGGAUUAUACUCUAGUGCUAAAGUUGCCUUUUGUAUCCACAACAUAGCUUACCAAGGCAGAUUUGCCUUUUCAGACUUUUCGCUCCUCAAUCUUCCAGACGAAUUUAAGAGCUCUUUCGAUUUCAUAGAUGGAUAUGACAAACCGGUUAAAGGAAGGAAGAUCAAUUGGAUGAAAGCAGGAAUACUGGAGUCGCAUAAGAUCUUAACUGUUAGCCCUUACUAUGCCCAAGAGCUUAUUUCCGCUCCAGACAAAGGAGUGGAAUUGGACAAUAUCCUGCGGAAAACAACCAUCCAGGGAAUCGUGAAUGGAAUGGAUGUCCAGGAAUGGAGCCCCAUGACCGAUAAAUUUACUACUGUCAAAUUUGAUUCUACCACUGUAAUGAGUGCAAAGCCGCUUAUAAAAGAAGCACUGCAAGCGGAAGUUGGAUUGCCUGUGGAUAAGAACAUCCCGGUUAUAGGAUUUAUAGGGCGGCUUGAAGAGCAGAAAGGCUCUGAUAUUCUUGCUGCAGCAAUCCCUGAAUUCAUAGGCGAGAACGUUCAGAUAAUAGUACUUGGUACGGGUAAAAAGGUCAUGGAGAAACAAUUGGAUGAUCUGGAGAUAGAAUACCCCCUAAAGGCUAGAGGAGUCGCCAAGUUCAAUGUGAAAUUGGCUCAUAUGAUCAUAGCCGGUGCUGAUUUUAUAAUCGUACCUAGUAGAUUUGAACCUUGUGGUCUCAUACAGUUGCAAGCAAUGCCAUAUGGAUGUGUGCCUAUUGUUGCAUCGACUGGGGGGUUGGUUGACACGGUGAAAGAAGGCUAUACAGGAUUUCAAAUGGGGGCGUUUAAUGUUGAGUGUGAAACUGUCGAUCCAGUGGAUGUAACUGCAGUAGAAACAACUGUUAAAAGGGCGUUGGCAGUUUACGGUACUCCAGCAUUUUCAGAGAUGAUUCAAAACUGUAUGGCUCAAGAACUUUCAUGGAAGAAACCUGCUAAGAAAUGGGAGGAGGCGCUUCUGAGUUUGGGGGUCGAAGGUAGUGAGCCUGGGAUCGACGGUGAAGAGAUUGCUCCUCUUGCCAAGGAAAAUGUGGCUACACCUUGAUCUACUAAUUAUUAAGCCAACAUAUGUUCCAGAAAUUUAACAUAUAUCUACUAGUUAAUGUCCUGCUAACCUCCAAAUAUAUAUUUGACUAAUAACAACAUCAACCAAAUGAGAGUUUGGCAUGAUCUCCAAUCAUUGUAUCAUAAGAGAGUUCUAAGUAUGAGUUCCCCGUGUACGUGUUAGUUGUUGUAUAUCGUGUUCGUAUGGUAAUUUAGCUAUAUGACAAAUAUUCAAUGUUAUGAUAUAAAUAUAUAAUGCUUGGACUCUUGGAGA